AUGCCUACCUUCGCACAACCAGUUCCCGACGACAUCGUCGCCUCGUCGGGGCUGCGGUCAAAAUUCCGGCCUCAUGUGCACGGCAACUACCAGAUCUGCGUAGAGCCGUCAAAGGGGAUGGAGACUUUCUACAACGACGCCAUGUCAACGCAGCUCGAGUCCAAGACUCUGGCAGAUAUCCCAGGGCUCGGGCUGGUCCACCCAAUGGCGCUGGCCAUGGCGAACUGUCUUCCGGAGCGGUUGCCGGCCAUCACACGAUUUGCGGAUUUCACUAUUCUGAAUGAUGAUUAUUAUGACAUUGCAAAGAGAGACGAGAUUGAGAAAGUCAACAGUGAUAUCCAAAAUGCGCUGCAAGACGCCUCAGCACCUGGCAGCAAGACCCAGAGCUCGGCCGGCUCUGAUAAAGACUUCAAGCCAAAACAGAUGCAGGCUGCUCUUGUACUUGAGCUCAUCAUGCUGGAUCAGCAACUUGCUAUGGACAUCAUGUCGUCCUACAGCCAGGGCCUUGAUGUCGCCACCUUUGCUCCGGACAACCUCAGAACUUUGGACGAGUACUUGCCCGUGCGGAAGGUCAACUCAGGUCUUGACGUCACCGCUGAAAUGGUCUGCUUCGGCAUGGGCCUCCGUAUCUCCCCCUCCGACAAAGCCAAGCUCCGCCCGGUAGUCGACCUCGCCAACUUCGCCAUCACCGUCGUCAACGACCUCUACAGCUGGCCCAAAGAAAUCAAAUGCCACCUCGAGACCCCAGGCUCCGAACUCCCCUUCAACGCCGUGGCCGUCCUCAUGCGCCACGGCGGCUACUCCGAGCCCGAGGCCUUCCGCAUCCUGUACGCCAAGCAGGCCGAGCUGGAGGCCGAGCACCUCCGCCAGCUCGACGCGCUGCGCGCGCAGGAGGGCGGCCGACUACCCGAGAACCAGGAGCUCUACGUCGAGAACGCGCAGCGCGCGGUCUGCGGCUCGGAGCUGUGGAGCGUGUAUACCAGGCGGUACCCGUCCAAGGCGGACCUGCGGCAGCCGGAGGUUGAGUUUGUGGACGGGGCGUUCAGGUAUGUGGCUGACGGCGAGGGCGCCGGUGAGGAGAAGGUUGUGUCUGAGAGUGUGGAGUCGUUGCCGACUACUGAGGUCGAGGACGAGUUCUCCUCGUCGGAUGCGUCUCCCGGCUCGGUUGACCAGGCUAUUUCGACCCCGCCGUCGACGACGUUCUGCAGCUGUGAAGAUGAGGAGGAGCAUAUUACCAAUGUGAAGGAAGUAUGCGAAGACGAGGCAGACGGUGUCCGGGACAUGUCGGAUAUCUCCCAGAAGUCCAAGAAGAAGAUCGACACCCUGCUUCCGGAAGGACCUGGACUCACCACCUACGCGUCCCGACUUGAGGCUGCUCCCGACCACGCCGUCAUCGCCCCAAUCAAGUACCUCGCCACACUCCCCUCCAAAGGCGUCCGCGACACCUUCAUCGACGCGCUCAACUGGUGGCUCGAGGUGCCCGAAGACUCGCUGCGCACCAUCAAGACCAUCAUCAGCAUGCUCCACGACUCAUCUCUAAUUUUGGACGACAUCGAGGACGACUCUACGCUGAGGAGAGGCAGCCCCGCGGCGCACAUGAUCUUCGGAACAGCGCAGUGCAUCAACGCGGCGAACCACAUCUUCGUCAUGGUGCUCGCCGAGCUGCAGAAGCUGCGCAGCCCAUUGAAGACGGCUAUCCUCAUCGAGGAGUUGGAAAGUCUUUUCGUCGGACAGGCAGAUGACCUGCACUGGAAAUACCACGUCGACUGCCCCUCGACGGAGGACUACAUGGAGAUGAUCGACAAUAAAACCGGCGGCCUCUUCCGUCUCUGCGUCAGACUCCUCCAAGCAGAAUCAACAAGAACCGACGUCCUCGACCUCGACCCACGCCCCUUCGUCCGGCAACUAAGCCUCUUCUUCCAAAUCCGCGACGACUACCAGAACCUCGUCUCCGACGCCUACGCCAAGCAGAAGGGCUUCGCCGAGGACCUCGACGAGGGCAAGAUCUCGCUGCCCAUCAUCCUCACCCUGCAGCGCGCGCGCACGCGCCCCGAGAUCAUGGGCGUGCUCAAGCACAAGCAGCCCGGCCCGAUGGCGAUGGAGAUGAAGCAGUACAUCGUGAGGGAGAUGGAGAAGUGCGGCGCGCUCGAGUCCACAAGGGAGUUGUUGCAGGGGAUGCAGGAGGACUUGAUUGCGGAGCUGAGGAGGUUGGAGGGCGACUUUGGGGCGAAGAACGCGACGUUGGAGUUGGUGUUAAGGAGGCUGUGGAUCUCUUGA